AUGUUUGAACCAAUUCGGGGAGGCACUCGAGGAGGCCAGGCAGAGUUCAAGUGGACAGAUGUCUCCGCAGACAAAGACAGAGAGAACUAUCUGGGUCACAGCAUCAAUGCCCCAACCGGGAGGUGGCAGAAGAAUAAAGAUGUUCACUGGUAUAAUAGAGAUGCCAAGGAUGACUCUGAGAGGGAAGAAGAGAUAAGAAAGAUCAAGGAAGCGGAAGCAGAGGCGCUUGCUGCAGCACUUGGGUUUGCCGCAGCACCAUCAGGUAGCAUUCCUGCUGUAAAAGCACCCUCAAGCGUUCAAUCAGGACCGGCGCAUACCCUUGCUGUAGAUGGUGGACAGCAUCCUUUAGAGAAAGAGGAAAAGCGCCGUAAGAAAGCCGAACGGAAGGAACAAAAAAAAGCUCGCAAAGAGGCACAUCGAGAGUCUCGCCAUGCCGAUUACGAACAACGUUCCCGUAGAGAACGGACCCGUUCGCGCUCACCUAAACCCAGCAAAGACGGUGAUCACGGCAGGCAUCGUCGCCCGCGGCGCAGUCGUUCGCCUCUACCAGCUAAUCGCUCGCCUCAUGCUCCUCGGCAUGUGAAGGACUACGAUGAAGUUGCACGCGAAAGAGAACGCGGAGAAGACCGGCGGCGAUGGGACUUUAAUCAAAGGGACAGACUGAGUACCCGUCAUGAACGAGAUUAA